GUUACGGAUUUUUAACCCAAAAGAAAAUUAAGAAGAUUUUUCACGGAGAGGGAGCUUCAAGAUAUGAAAACGACAAAAGCUAUCAGCUUCGACACUACGCACAUAUAUAGCGAUCUAUCAUUCUGAAAAAUCUGUCUCAAAAAACAAUAUCUUUCUGGAAAAUCUAAACAGAGCAAUCAAAAGUUCAUACAAUCAACUGAAUUAUGGGUAAGAGGAAGUCUAGUGCGAAGCCACCCCCAAGGAAGCGAAUGGACAAACUUGACACUGUCUUCAGCUGUCCCUUCUGUAACCAUGGCACCAGUGUGGAAUGCCGCAUUGACAUGAAAAACCUGAUUGGCGAGGCUUCUUGCCGGAUUUGUGAAGAGAGCUUCAGCACCACCAUAACAGCUCUUACUGAGGCCAUAGACAUAUAUAGCGAAUGGAUUGAUGAGUGUGAACGUGUCAACAACGUGGAAGACGAAGAUGAUGCAUAGGUUCUGACUGUCAGUUUGUUUGGGAAAUUCGUAGCUAAUCUUUUCUGUGGCCUGAGGUCAAGUGGGAGCUUUUAAAUGGUGGAGUCUGCUGUAUCGUAGACACUAUAUCUAUAUUGUGUGUGUAUAGUUUAGCAGAAGUUAUGCCACCUUAUAAUAAUAUCUUCAUGUUUUAAUUUGAACCGA